GAGCUCUCCCCUGAGACUGAUGUAGCGGUCCCUCAUAUCGGGGCUCUCCGUUUACAUUAUUCAUACGGAGGAGGGUGUGACUUGCUGGCUCUUUUUCCGCCUGUAUAAAACGAGAAGUUCGCGUAAAAGAAAAUACAGAUGGAGAAGGCUAGCCUGCUCGCUGUGUCACAGAGAGUCCCCUUAAGCCUACGUGACAACUCACAUACUGUCCCUUUGUGACCAGCUUAAUCGGCAGAAUGCCCGGUCUCUGUGUGUUUUGUCUCGCCGCCGCGCUGGCUGCGUUCGCCCGGCUCGCCGGCACGGUGGGGCCGGUGGUCCGAUGUGAACCGUGCGACGCCGGUGCGCUGCUCCAGUGCAAGCCGCUACCGAAGGACUGCGCGGAGCGGGUCAGGGAGCCCGGCUGCGGCUGUUGCAUGACGUGCGCCCUGGGUGAGAGACAAGCGUGUGGAGUGUACACGGCGCGCUGCGGCUCCGGCUUGACCUGUCAGCACCAGCCGGGGGAGAGCCGACCCCUGCAAGCUCUGCUGGAGGGACGGGGAGUGUGCUCCAGCGCCGUGUCCAAAAAACUCAACAGCAUUCUCAUACCGACACGAAAGCAAGAAAAUGCUGGAAAUCAGGUUGAAGAUUGUGCCAACGUUACCCAGAUGAUGACGGUGUUGCCUGGUGUAGCCACUGUGAAGGGUGGGCACAGUCGGGGAUCAAUGGACACCAGGCCUCCGCUGCAUAACAAGCUGAUCCAGAAGGAACAGAACAGGAAGACGCAGAGCUACAAGGUGGAAUCAGUGUCAGGAGGAGCCAAUAUGGACAUGCACAACUUCUCCCUGGAGAACAAGAGGGAGACUGAGUAUGGGCCGUGUCGGCGGGAGAUGGAGAGCAUCUUGAACAGUCUUAAAAUCAGCAACGUGCUCAACCCGAGAGGCUUCCGCAUACCCAACUGUGACAGAAAGGGCUUCUACAAGAAAAAACAGUGCCGUCCAUCCAAAGGCAGGAGGCGGGGUUACUGCUGGUGUGUGGACAAAUACGGGCAGCCUCUGCCAGGCUACGACGGCAGGGAGCGGGGCGAGACGCAGUGCUACAACCUGGAGAGCAAAUAAGAGGACGGAGGGACGACGAGUGGACGGAGAGAAGAGGACAGCAUAAGGGGAGGAGAAGGGGGAAAGAAAGAAAGAAAGAAAGAAAGAAAGAAAGAAAGAAAGAAAGAAAGAAAGAGAGCUCACUUUGCUCUUGCAUGUAGUUUUAUGUAAACAUUUGAAGGAACUCUGGACCUUUGAUUUAAGGUCCCAUUUCUGUCGGAGAGCGAGGGAGAGAACAAGGGGGAGGUGAGGGGGAAGGGGUGGAGCACAACCUCCUGUCCAUCACAGCUAUCUGUCCUGUGCUUUUAGGGAACCUCUGUCCUUUCUUUAAAAAAAGAUAAAGCUGAAAGCUUAGACAGAAAGGGAAGAAAGAGAGAAUCCUGUCAUCUGCACUAUUCUUUUAGAGAGAGAGGAAGGAGGGACUUUUCCACUCACUUUAAAGAGGACUUGUUUGUGACUGUGACCCCAAAAAAUGCACCAACUUCAUUUCUAAUGUGUGUGUCCGUCCGUGUGUGUAUAACCAUGAGUCUGUACGUGUAUUUAAUGUCUGAGCGCCUGCAUAACAUACGUGUGCACAGCUGCAUGUCUGUGCAAAAUGGCGUGUGUGUGCUUUCCCAAAAGUGUUUAUUUGUCUAGAUACUGUAAAUCACUCAGACUGCCCAUCCCCAGGCCCUGCUCCAUUUAACAAUGCAGACAAUAACACUCUCUGGCUCAGGGUCCAUUUUGAAGUGAAGGAUUAUGGGAUGGCGGGGCUUUGACUUUUUAUUCAGCAUGAUCACCAGCACUGGUCUUUCUUGCUGACUCGAGCUCCUUGUCACUGCUCUGCAGGGCAAAGAGAACAAAGGCAAACCGUGCAGUUACAGUGCCUUAAAAAACAACCUUCUAAUCCCUCCCCUCCCCUUCAGCCUCUUCAGUUAACUAUCAAAGGAAUACUUCACUGAAGAUUCACCUUGUUAGUUUCUCGCUUGCACUUUUGUUGAGGACAGUGGUCACAGUUUUAGUGUGGAUUCACAGCUACAGUGAUUUGAAGCUUCUGAAACCACUUGCGUAGCGUAGUUCACUUUUUUACUGUUGAUCCAGCUUUAGUAAAGUUCUUACAUGUUAAAUAAAAUUAAAUACUCUGUUUUCCACUAGUGUGGUUAGAUCUCACACUCAGCUAAAACCCACACUAGCAACAAACAGAAGUUGUGCAAUCAUCCCUGCAAAUGGAGCAAGCUACAAACUCUUCAGAAAUCCCCUCCAUGCUCACACAUGUGAUGUUUGGUACCCGGCAGACUGUUUUUCAGUGGAGUAUUCCUUUUAGUUUUAGAGGUCAAUUUGCUUAGAAUAGGCUGUCUUCUGUCUCCUUCCCACCUCCUGCUGUUCCUGUCCACAUCCAUGUCUCCCUUUUCUUUGUCUGUGUCUCUGUCCUGCUAUCGUUAGCCUUCAUCCCCGUCCUUGUCCCUCGUGUGUCACAGCUCUGGUGCAGUUGAUAUCCUUCAGUCUUUCAUUUCACCACCUCUCCCCAUCCAAAAGUUGUCCUCAUGUCUGUGCCUAACCCUGUCCCUGUCUCCAGCCCUCUGACCCAAACUGUUUGUCCUCACUCCAGCACCCUGCCCAUCUCCGGUCCUCUUCCUGUCAGUGGUGCUACCUGGUGUAGGCUUGUUUGAACUGGGUGAGCCAGGUGUGACCGGCUCACCCAACUGCAGGUGCCAGCUGCCCCUAUGCUUCAAGCACAAGCACUUAAAGCACUUUAGCUGUGCUGCUACUCGUCAAUGCAUGCAGUUAAAGACAAUUGGACCUAUCUGCAUCUGCAUACCUUUCCUCAGAGGUAAUGUCAGAUGAAACAACAUGAUAUUGUAGGAAAACAAUAAUAACCCAGGAAAGAGAAACAAAAAUAAGAAAGAAAAAGCUACACCAGGACUUCUGACAGCAAACUUAGCGAACGCCCCUCAGAAAUUCUUCAUUCAAUGCAACUAUUUUCUUUUUUGUUGUUGUUUUUGUUUCUUUGAAAAAAUGCUUGUAUGAUCGUAUGCCAACAAAUCUCCACAAGGUGGACAUAGCACCAAAUAUGCAUUCACACAAGUGGUAGGGGGUCUGAGGGAGGAGGCGUGGUCCUCCCCGAGGAGCUUCCUGCCCGAUGCUCUCCCAUAUCCUGUGUAAAGACUUGAAAAGUGAGAGAGUGCUGACAGAGAAUGCUUGCCCAGUAGCUUGGUAGCAUGAAAUCGGCUGUACACUUCCUCUGAUAGACAGCAGCAACCUACAACCAGCCUGUUGGUGCUAUAUCCCAUCUAUUCAAAGACUUGAUGUAAGGGGAGGAACAUACAUAAAAAUAUGUUUAAGCUAUUCCCUCCCUAAUAUUUGUAAGUGUGUCUUUUUAUAUAUUAUUAUUAUUAUUAUUAUUAUUAUUUCCUGGCCAGCUAUGUGUCUGACUAGACAUCAUGUACAGUACUUAAAAAUAAAAAUUAUUUAUCUAAGAAAGAAUUAUAAGCUGAUCCAAACUAGGUUUUCUUAUGAACAAUUCAGUGACUCACCGAUUGCACAGCAAAGUCUAUAGGAUUCAGUGUAUUUUGGGGAAUAUAAUCACUAAUGAAUGUUUUAUUUUUUAAUGAACCUUUUCCUUCUGUUGCUCAGCAGUGUCGUUGGAAAGCUCAGUGCCCAGCAGGCCACUUCCAGCCUCGAGCAAAUCUGUGUCAGUCAGGCACUCAGGUCUCUGGUCAUCUUAGUUCACUGCUUCUUAAGGCCAGUGAACCUCUCACUAAGUCACUUCUCUCCAUGCACACCCAGCCAUCCCGCCUCAGUCUGUUCAUGCAGAGCCAGAGUCACAUUUCUGUAAUGUCACUUUUUAUUUUUCCCUGCUGGUCACAUUAAGACUCUCUCUGUUCACGGGUAAAUGUAUUAUGUCUUUCAUUUCAACUUUAUCCUUCAAAGAGUUUUUUGUUUGUUUUGUUUCAAGCUUUUCAUGAUAUUAAACUAGAAAUCACACAGCUAUUAUUUUCUUUGAGAAAGGAAAUGAUUUUGAUUCAAAAUAUAAUUUGUAUUUAAUGUUUUUUUUUAAAUAAAAAGUGAACACAUUUUAA